CACUGGUUGAGCCGAGUUCGCCUGGCCAGGGCUGCGCGCGAGUUCAGAGUGGCAACAUAAAGGAUCAGCUGAAGUGCGGAAGUAAAAGACCAGUGACGCCGUCAUGUUUCCGUCUGCUGCUUCCCGUGUCCUGAGUGGAAACAAAAACACGGCCAAAGAAGAAGCCUGAAGAAAACAGCACAAUAUGCACACAAUGACCGGCCAACUGGGAGAAGAUGGGACGUCCCACCAUGCUUUUGUCCCCCGCCAGAGGAAAACUUCAAUCGCCGUGUUUCUCCGCCCUCAUUGGCCAGUUUAUUAGAUCCCUGAAGCCUGAAGGGAGGGAUCCUCUCGCCGAUUGGUCCUCGGAGCCGUCGGCCUAUCGGAUUUUGUCAGGCGGCGUCUCCUGUGCAGCAGAUUCCAACAGGACAGUGGAGGAUCAGCGAGUCUUCAUUCCGAGCGCUGGUGUUCAUCAUGGAGGUGCCCAGGAUGCCUCAACCCGUCCCCUUCCCCCGGACUAUUCAUAACAUCGUCUCCUCAACGCGGUCUCCCCAGGGAGCAGUCGACAGCAUCACCGCCAGCGACACCCAGGGAGGAAAUCUCCAGGAGGAGAAGGACGAAAGCGCGGAGGACGAUCCACUCGGAGAGGACGGGGAGGUCACGGACGAGGCCGACCGCUCCGAUGUGGACCUGUCCUCCCGAGAGAGUUUUUUAGAGGAGCGUUCCGUGUCCGAGGAGGGGGUGUCAGCGGAGGAGGCUGACAGGAAGGCGGAGGAAGAAGAAGCGGCCAGAGAGAGGGCGUCCCAGAGGCAGCUGAUGGCCAUCCAGGAGCUGGUGCACUCUGAGAGGAACUACCUACGUCUGCUUCAGAUCAGCACUGUCACAAUCAGGAGCAACCUGCAGAAACUACAGCCUCCGCUCGCCAACUUGGACAGCAUGUUCCUCUAUAUCGAGGACGUGAUCGACGUGUCGAGUCGCCUCCUCAGCCUGUUGGAUCAGAGGCAGAUGCAGCCUGGAGAUCCGCUCUUCCUGGAGGCACUUUGUAACACCUUCCUCAGCCUGUCCUCUGAAAUCGAGGCGGCCUACAAGGAGUACCUGACCAACUACAACCGCGUCACCGUGGUGGAGAACUCCUACAAGCAGAAGGAGGCGCUGUGGGACGAGAUCGUCAAAGUCAUCAAGAUGUCGGCGCCCGAAGUGAACGCCACCUCCUUGAGUUUCUUCCUGGUGAUGCCGGUCCAGCGCAUCGCCCGCUACCCUCUUCUCCUACAGACCAUCCAGAAGCACACGGACACGCGUCACCCAGCAUACGAGCUCCUGGAGCGGACGGCUCACACCUCCGUCGCCCUCAACUGUCACAUCAACGAGUACAAGCGCUUCCGGGAAGUCGCCGACAAGUACAAGAAGACGGAGACGCUGAGCAUCAUGGACAAGUUCAACCGCUUGAACUCCCACAGCAUCGCCAAGAAAACAGCCAGGAUUAGACAGUUCCUCAAACACGAGACUGGGAUGGUUCCCAAGCUGGUGGACGAGGAGUUUGAUGCUCUAGAAUACUUCUUUUACGUCCUGGAGCACGGCAUCUUGCAGCUGCUGGACAACGUGGAGCUGUACCUCCACCACCUUCAGAGGUUCCUGCAGUGCAAAACGGAGGAGUUUGACUUGGACAUGGACGGCGAAAAGGCCCCCAUUUGCUACAAGGAGAUCACGACCGCCCUCAGGCAGUGGAUCCUCCCCACAUUUGAGAAGAGGAUGAGGACGCUGAUCCACAAGCCUCUCUGCGCGCUCCGUGACCUCCUGGUGGGCCCGAGGAACCUGAUCCGGAAGAGGCUGGACAAGCUGCUGGACUAUGAAGUGAUUGAGGCCAAAUCUUCUCUGAGCUACGAGGAACAAGCCAUUGCCAACACGUACAAGACCAUCAACACCUUGCUGCUUAACGAGCUGCCGAAGUUUAACGGCUUGGCGCUGCAGAUGAUUUGGCGCAUGCUGGGCGCGUUCAGCUGCCUGCACAAAGACCUCACCUGCGACAUGGAGCAACUCUUCCAAAGCUUCGCCCAACAGCUUCCCCAAAGCUCUCUGGAGAAUGGUGUGUUCUGGGAGUGGGCGGAGUCAGCGGUGCUGGAGGGUUCAAGGAGACUGGAGACCUUGUGUCACGGUGUGGAGGAGACGCUCCUGGCUCCCGCCACGCAGCCUCUCGGCACAACCUCGCAACUCCGGCUGAAGCAGCUGACGGACCAGCACGGCUCCGACAAGAUCUACCAGGUGAUGAGCGCCGUGGUGGGCAGCCGGGACCUGGACCUGAGCCUGGCCAAAGGAGAGCUGGUGGCCGUCAUCAGCCAGGCCGACAGCCGCGGGGACAGCCGCAGGUGGCUGGUGGACGCCGGAGGCCGGCGAGGCUACGUGCCGUCCUCAAGGCUGAUCCGCUAUCAUCAGCCGGCAGAAGAGCCGCCCCCGUCGCCUCACCCGCCCUCGCCGCAAGGUGCCGUAUGCGUCAGGAGGCACUCGUACACACCGGAGCUACGACACACUGCGACGGUGCACAGCCAGCCCUGCUUCCAGGUGUUUGCGGCCUACAACUUCACAGCGAGGGGAAACCACGAAGUCUCCGUGGUGGCGGGCGAGCCGGUCCGGGUCCUGGAGCCUCACGACAAGAGAGGGAGCCGCGAGUGGAGCCUGGUGGAGGUGAGAGGCAGGCGGAGGGGCUACGUGCCCUCCAACUACCUCGCCCUGGUGCCGGCGACGGCGGCGGCGAGCUCGCCCGUCGGCGCCUACCAGCCGGGCUGCUGACGACCACGGCUGCACUCCAGUAUGUCUCAAAAUGCAUCUUGGAAGUUUCACGGCGAGCAAGUCUGGCAAUAUAACAAUAAUGUGCUUGUGAAACACCUCACUGGGGGAAUUUAAGAUAGCAUGGGAGCUUAAAGCACCUGAUGUUCUGUUGCAGCUUGUUUUAAAUGGAACACAGCAGAGAUUCCCCAUGCUACUAUGCUGCCUCCUGGUGGUGUGGAGUGGGAAGAGCAAGCGUCACGUUAUCUCUUGACUGGAACGCCAUGGUCAUGCACUGCAAGAACGAGUUAGCUAUGCUAACGCUAACAAUGCUACCUCGCAGUAUAUGACAAGUGGAGUCCUUUUUCGUCCUCCGUGUGCGAGUAAGGACGAGUAAGUAUGGAGGUAGAUUUGUGUCUUUAUUCCGAAAGUUUUUUUUAGACACUGAAUUUAUGUAGCUGAAUUUUUUUGCGAUGUAAUUUUGUGAACAUAAUUUUUUUUACAUUAAAUAAUGCUAUUUCAUUGAAAAAAAAUUGUUAGCAAAAUGUGUGUAUAAAAAUUAAGUGUUUUAAAAUUUGUGUUUAAAAAUUCAGUGUAAAAAAACUUGCUGCCUGAAAAAGCAAGAUUCAAAAUUCAUUGUUUAAAAAUUCAGUGUAAAAAAAAAAUUCAGGGUAAAAAAAUUUGCUGCCUGAAAAAGCAAGAUUUAAAAUUGUUUAAAAAUUCAGUGUAAAAAAAAUUCAGUGUAAAAAAAUUAGCUGCCUGAAAAAGCAAGAUUUAAAAUUCAUUGUUUAAAAAUUCAGUGUAAAAGAAAUUCAGUGUAAAAAAGUUUGCUGCCUGAGAAAGCAAGAUUUAAAAUUCAUUGUUUAAAAUUUCAGUGUAAAAAAAUUUGCUGCCUGAAAAAGCGAGAUUUAAAAUUGUUUAAAAAUUCAGUGUAAAAAAAAUUCAGUGUAAAAAAAUUAGCUGCCUGAAAAAGCAAGAUUUAAAAUUCAUUGUUUAAAAAUUCAGUGUAAAAGAAAUUCAGUGUAAAAAAGUUUGCUGCCUGAGAAAGCAAGAUUUAAAAUUCUUUGUUUAAAAUUUCAGUGUAAAAAAAUUUGCUGCCUGAAAAAGCAAGAUUUAAAAUUAAUUGUUUAAAAAUUCAGUGUAAAAAAAAUUCAGUGUAAAAAAAUGUGCUGCCUGAAAAAGCAAGAUUUAAAAUUCAUGGUUUAAAAAUUCAAUGUAAAAAAAAAUUCAGUGUAAAAAAAAUUCAGUGUAAAAAAAAUGUGCUGCCUGAAAAAGCGAGAUUUAAAAUUGUUUAAAAAUUCAGUGUAAAAAAAAUUCAGUGUAAAAAAAUUAGCUGCCUGAAAAAGCAAGAUUUAAAAUUAAUUGUUUAAAAAUUCAGUGUAAAAGAAAUUCAGUGUGAAAAAGUUUGCUGCCUGAGGAAGCAAGAUUUAAAAUUCAUUGUUUAAAAUUUCAGUGUAAAAAAAUUUGCUGCCUGAAAAAGCAAGAUUUAAAAUUAAUUGUUUAAAAAUUCAGUGUAAAAAAAUUCAGUGUAAAAAAAUUAGCUGCCUGAAAAAGCAAGAUUUAAAAUUCAUUGUUUAAAAAUUCAAUAUAAAAAAAAAUUCAGUGUAAAAAAAAUUCAGUGUAAAAAAAUGUGCUGCCUGAAAAAGCUAGAUUUAAAAUUCAUUGUUUAAAAAUUCAGUGUAAAAAAAAUUGCUGCUUGAAAGAGCAAGACCCACUUUUGGUAAAUUAAGACUGAAGUAAUAAGUAGUAGUAAGUAAUCGAUCCUGUCUCAGAAGGAUUAGGGUUAAAUGUUUAUUAUGUUGUAUGAUGCCCAGGUAGCCCAGUUAACUGCCUUUUUUUAACAAUCAAUUAAUCAACAAAAGUUUAUUUAUAUGGCCCUUAAUCACAGGUGUCUCAAAGGGCUGCACAAGCCACAAUGACAUCCCUGGCUCAGAUCCCACAUCAGGGCAAGAAAAAAACUCAACCCAUAUGCUGUUUAGCGACACCCGUGUCACAUGACUUCAAACUUGACACCUCAUUGGCUGGUUCUGAGGCACGCUCGAUUGCUUCUGUCUGGAUUUAUCGGAAGUGAGUCUUGCUUUUUGAAGCAGCAAACAUUUUUUUACACUGGAUUUUAAAACACUGCAUUUUUAUAUACACAGAAUUUUUAAACACGUAUUUUGCUGACACAUUUUUUUUCAAUUAAAUUGUUCGCAUGAUUGGAAGUAAAAAAAAUUCAGUUCCCAAAAUUCAAAACGCAAAGAAAUUCAGUGUCAAAAAAAACACUUUUGUAAUAAGGACACAAAUUCACCUCCAUGAAUAAGAUCUCUCCAUCCCGAGACACUGGUUGACAGUUGGAGGAAAAACAAUGACUCAAAGAAAAGGUGUGGCAGAACAGCCAGAAAAAGCCAAAGAAGAAGCAAAAUAGAGACAAUAGUCGCUUUGUGCGACUGAAAGGUGCGCUUUUCUCAGAAACGUCGGAAUAUUGGGACGUCAACGGACUCGAGGGCUUUCACUGUGUUUUUAUGUAAUGGCCGUAAACGAAGGACGUUUUGUGUUGCGACGAAAACGUCAGCGCGACUACAGCAGGACACCUGAGCCGCCUGCAGCAAGAUGUCAGAAAACUGCAUGGUCAUGCUAGCGUGCUCACGACGACGCUGCUGUUAUGAAGUCAGCAGGUGUGUGCGCGUGUGCACCUGGAGGGGACAGGAGCAGCAUCCCUGCAUGGAGACUAGUCAUGUGCGGAUUGAUACUGAAAUAUCAUACCAGAUAUUUAUGCUCUAAUAUCGAUUCUCAAAUCAAAAUAUCGACACACUUGAUACUUUUGUUCAGGGGUGUCCAAACUGCGGCUUGCCGGCAUCUCCGAUUUGGCACGAGCUCAACAAGCAGUCCUGUGCAGGUUGUUUACAUCCAUCCAUUUACUACCGCUUGUCCCUUUCGGGGUGCUGUUUGAUAGGUGCUUAUUUGUCGCCAUCUUGUGCACAACGUGAGGCCAGGCCAGUGGACACGGACUGUACUUUCCAUAGACAACAUGCCCAGCAUUUACUUGUAUGACCCAAUCCAAACAACCUUCCCUAGUCGAGGCGCAGGAAAAAAAUAAUAAAAAGUCAACAAACAUGUCACAGAUACCACAACCUGCUCACUGAAUUUUGUGGAUAACAGCCAACCACCAUAAAAAAUUCAAAAUUACAGCCACUUUAAUCCAUUGCAAGGCAUGAUGGGAAAAAUGCAAAAAACUCUCUCCACACUUACCCUCUUCGGCACAUUUUAGCUGCUUGAUAUUUCUGAUUGAUUACAAAACUUUGCAAAGGUUAACAAGCUAGGAGUUGAACUUUCACAUGCUCUUAAUAUUCAAUUCUAAUAAUUAUUAAAUAUA